CCUCUGUUUAUAAUUGUAAUUGUAACAAUGAACAGUGAACACUUGUGCUUUAAGUUAAAGACAAGAUUAAAGCUUCACUCUGACUCAGGGAAGAGGCCAGACAUGAUCUUCUUUAUACUUCAUCUUCUCAUAGGUUUAGCGAAUGCUGAAUGCUGUCCUAAAAAACUCAACGGUGGUGACACCUACAUUUUCAGUGAGAUGGGUCCUGACACAAGCCAGUACAAUUGUCGGGAUAGUUGUAUGUACAUAAAGGAAGGGGAUUCUGAAACAAAUAGCAGAUAUUGCUUUGCCAUUGGUGGUGUAAGUCAAACACAAUGUAUUGCAGAAAAUG